AGCAGUCCCGACUCCCGCCGCUUCCUCCCCGCCGCUCCUCCCCGCCAGCCCCGGCGAACGCGGCUGGGCCCUGGGGACCGAGUCUCGGCACCGCCGUGGACUGGGCGCGGGGCGCGCCGCAGCCGGAGCGGGGCCGGGCCCCGCCGCUCCUCCUUCCGCCUGCCAUGCAGUCUUCCGGCUCCUCUGGCUCCCGUAGCCCCAGCCGGGGCCGGGCCAGCCCGAGGCAGCUGCGAGGGGAGUAGGGCGUCCGCGCGCCCGCUCGCGCCGCGCCUCGGCCGCCGCUGCCGGGUCCAUGACCGCGACCCCUCGGCCGGGGACACCCGCCGCCGCCGCCGCGCAGCACCGCGUCCCGGGCCGCCGACCCCCGGCCCCACCGGCUCCUGCGCGCCACCGCCCGCCGCCCGCGCCCGCCGAGAAAGACAGGACAGUCUCCAAUGUGAGAAUGGCUGUGACUUUGGAAGAAGCUCCGUGGCUGGGCUGGAUCUUGGUGAAAGCCCUGAUGAGAUUUGCCUUCAUGGUCGCCAACAACCUGGUUGCUAUUUCCUCCUACAUCUGCUAUGUAAUUGUGCUUCAGCCCCUUCGACUGCUGGACAGUAAGCGCUUCUGGUAUAUUGAAGGAAUCAUGUACAAAUGGCUUUUAGGAAUGGUGGCUUCUUGGGGAUGGUAUGCUGGAUAUACAGUGAUGGAAUGGGGGGAAGAUAUUAAAGCAGUUUCAAAAGAUGAAGCAGUAAUGUUGGUGAAUCAUCAGGCAACAGGAGAUGUGUGUACUUUGAUGAUGUGCCUACAGGACAAAGGACUGGUUGUUGCUCAAAUGAUGUGGUUGAUGGAUCAUAUUUUUAAGUACACAAACUUUGGAAUUGUUUCUCUAAUUCACGGAGACUUCUUUAUCAGACAGGACAGUGCCUGGCAAGUAAGCAACAGCAAAUCGAAAGGCCUCCAGUGGAUAAUAGAUACAACCAUAGCUUAUCCCAAAGCUGAACCCAUAGAUAUUCAAACCUGGAUCCUUGGAUACAGGAAACCAGUAGUCACACAUGUACAUUACAGGAUCUUUCCAAUUAAAGAUAUACCCCUGGAGACUGAUAACCUUGCUGACUGGCUCUAUCAGCGUUUUAUUGAAAAAGAGGACCUCUUAUCACAUUUUUAUGAAACAGGGGCUUUUCCACCUCCCAAGGGCCAGGAGGAAGCUGUUUCCAGGGAAAUGACGCUCAGCAACACGUGGAUAUUUCUCAUACAGUCUUUUGCAUUUUUGUCAGGCUAUAUGUGGUACAACGUCUUUCAGUAUUUUUACCAUUGCCUGUUUUAGGAAUUGACUUGGACUUGUCAAGGUCACCACAGGAGCUUGGACUUUCAUAAGCGUGCAUUGUUUUACAUGUACAAAUCAGAAUAUUAAAAAAAGAAAAGAAAAGGAAAUUCAAUGGAUGGAUUAAUAUUUAUCCCCCUUUGGGAUAUUUUAAAACUCUACUAAAAUGAGGAUCAAUAAUAUAAUGACCUGCAAAUAUGUUUUAAGGACUUUUCAUGUUUUAAAAAGAUACACUCCACCACACAUUUAAGCAAACAUCACUUUUGGAGAAGAGGAAAUCAUAAAAUCAUCCUAGAAGACUCUCUGAGACAAAUUCUGUUGCCACCAGAUAUACCUGUUAAUCUAGUUCAAGCUCAGAAUGCUGUACACAUCCAUUCCUUUUAGCUAGUAGUCUCUGUUAGGCAGUGCUGUAGAGCGCCCUCAUAUCCACCAACUCUUGCUGUGUUACUGGUAACCUCGAGGGGAGCUGGUCGGCACCUUCUGAAGAACUCUUUCCCUGUUCGCAGCGACACUCCGGUCCUCCACAGCUACGUGAAGUUCAGUGUCAAGCAUGCUCUGGGGGGCAAAGCAGUGUCCACUGGACAUCUUCUGGUACUAGAAUGUGUUCUUCAGAAAGACCAGCUCAGUCCAAUGCUGUGUUUACAUGCACUAGUGCUUCCCCUUGUGUGAGGGGUGGGUCACUUGAUUUAUCUUCUUGUAUAGAAGGCAUAUUAUAGGUUGAUGAUUGUCUUUUACAAAAUGCACUUUUAUCAGAUGCAUAUAUAGCAAAGGAUUAGUACUAUAACCUAAAAACAAACAUAAGCAUAGUCAGCGAGUGGGAUUUCUGAGAGGCUGCCUGUCUGCACGUGGAUCUGUGUGCAGGCGCUCUCCAGCGCUGCCUGCAUUGGGCACCAGCCACACCGAGGCUUCCGUCCCGCUCAGAGCCUUUUUUUUUUUUUUUCUCCAUUUUGCGUAUUAGCAUUAAAUGCAUAUGGGGAUGGUUGAAACAAGUUAAGGUAAGAAAUUUGAAUGAUAAAUUUAAGGUGAAAUAGACUAGUUUAUUAGAAAAAUAAGAGAUAAGCCAGGCACUUGCUUCAAAUGGUGACAAGUUCUCACGUGGCACCCCCGGAACCUGUGUUCCCUUAGCACAUCAAGGAGCUGCCCAUGUCAGAGUGGUGUAACCAGGAGAGAGACCAGCAAAAAGGCUUCUCAGUCUCUUCCCACUGCUUUUGGAAAGGAUAAAGUCAAGUUUCUAUUUCUAGAAAACUUCUUUUUCUUUAAUUUGUCACUAUGUUCAUGUGAUUGACCUCAUAGUAGAACCAAACACUUCUCAAAAAGUGCUGGCAUGCCAUCAGCCCAUCACCUGCACCCCCAGUGUUGAGAGAGAGGCUAUUUUUUGGCUUGGGACUAUAAAACUAUUUAGAUCCUAGUGAGUCAGUGGUAGUUAUCUGUGAUGUGUGCAUUGUAGGUUCCCCUAUCGCCACUAAUCGUACAAAUGACAAUUUUGAGAAGUAGCCAGAAAAUAAAAGUAAAGGCUAGUGUUAUCUAUUUUUCAAUAAACCAAAAAAAACUGAAAAGAUGUGAAUUUUCUCCCAGUUAUGUGGGAAAGGCAAAGUAACACCAAACCAAAGCCCACAGCAGCUUCAUCUUUAGGGUUAAUUCAACGCCUAUGUGAAAUAGAAUGAUGUGUUACCUGAAAUACCUCAUUGAAUAUUAGACUACUACUGGUGAAAUGCAGAAGACAGUGUUAAUGUGUUUGGUUUGGUAAUGGUUGUUAUAAAAUGCAGUUUUUUGGAAAUCUAAGCAUUUCCUUAUGUGUUUUACAGUGACAGUGAAUAGGUGAAGCCAAUCUCAAUAUAGAGGUAUAGAUAAUGAUAGGAAGACGGAAAGAAGCUUAAAGAUGCUUCUUUUUGAGGCCCAGCAAACACUACUUGACAAGAUGAAUCGAAAUUGUUCAUUUGAGAGAUUAGUCAGCCAUCUGGGGGAUAAGUUGCUCACUGUCGAGUAUGGCAUGCACAGUCCUAGCCAAUAGACCUUUUCCUCAUUGCUAAGCAAGCCACAGAUAGCGUGGCCAGUUCUCCCAUCCAAAAAAAAAAAAAAAGAGAGAGGAAUGCAUACAUGUAUAUAUAAAUGUGAUUUUUUAUAUAUUUUUUGUUUGUUUGUUUGUUUUAUCUACAAACCCUUGUGUCGAGGGCUGACUUUCAAUAGAUCGCAGCGAGGGAGCUGCUCUGCUACGUACGAAACCCCGACCCAGAAGCAGGUCGUCUACGAAUGGUUUAGCACCAGUUUCCCCACGAACGUGCGGUGCGUGACGGGCGAGGGGGCGGCCGCCUUUCCGGCCGCACCCCGUGUCCCAGGACGAAGGGCUCUCCGCACCGGACCUAUAAAUGUGAUUUAGGGCCACUUUUGCCAUCACUGUGCUCCAGAGGAACGUGGUAUUGUUUAAUAUACUGUAUAUGUUAAACAGACUAUUAUGUAAGAUGCUUUACUUUUCAAGCGCAGUCAUUUCAACAGUCUGUAGAGUGACAAAUACCAAUAGAUGUGUGAGUUAACUUUUGAAAAUAGAUCUGUGAGUUGUAAAUAGAUGUGUAUUUGAUCUGCCCUAUCCCUCUUUGAUUCUUUAUCAACAUGUUCUCUCUCUUCUGUUGGCAAAAUGUUUGAGAGCAUUGAUAGUGCUUUCCUUAUCAGUAACUGGAGUUCUCCUGCUUGUACUAGGGAAUGUAAAGAGAGAAUCCAUGUUUUUAUAUGGCAAUCAGGGAAGCAGCAAUAUGCCACUGUACAGAACUGAAUUAAAAGUCCUAAUUUGUAUUUUCUUUGCAAAGUGAGAUCAAAGGACGUUUAGCAAAUAUACAUUUUGUCAAGGGGAAAGAAAAUAAAACUGUGCCAGUUUUUUGCCUGGAGCUUGUAGAAUCUCAGCACUUCUUGGUCUCAGCUGAUCUGUCUAGAUUCACACAGCAGAGAGGGUUGAGAACUCCCUGCUGGACCCUGGUCUCAGUGAGCUGCAGUAAGGGGAGCAUCUGCUUGGCCACGGGCAGGCGCAGUGACUACAGAAGUGACCACCCCAGCAGUUCAUGCUUAACUUCAGAAACUGUCAUUGGUGUUGAAAUAUACAGAUAUUGUGGAGAAACCUCUAUGCCAGUAGAAGGUAAAGAAAAAUUACAGAAUGGAAAAUGAUAUUUUGGGUGGGCAAACGAGUUGAGAAUCUAAAUAGCAGAUUUUUUUUUUAAAGCUAGCUAUGAGUUCAGGUCUGUCAUGUUAUUAAGUAGUUGUUAAUAUUACAACCAACCCUUAAUUUUCCACAGUAAAAGAACUAGAGGUUACUGGAUAGUUAAUCCAGUAAUAAGUCAUAGUAAGCCAAAAAUCUAAUUGUAUUUAGGUGUUUGAGUUUUUAUUAUCAUCAAACUUUUUUUCUUCUAGGGAUGCAUAUUAAUUUUAAAAAAUGAUUUGAGUUUAUUAGUUUCUAUUGCCUAUAUAUUUAUGACUGUUAAUGAGUAGUGAAAAGAUUUGGAAAGACAGCUUCAGGAAGAGGAAACACAAAAGCCUAAAUAAUCCAUGGGCUAGAAAAGGAAUCCAUGAAUAAUCAAGAGUUGGCGGUAUUGUAAUUUUUCGCGCGCCUUUUUGUGAAAAUGAAAUGUUAAAUCACCAAAUGUAAACCUCGGAACAUCCCUGUAGUGUUAAUAGUGUUUGCAUCGGUGUUAAGAAUGCCUCUCAUUCUUUGCUCACGUUACUCACUUCUGGUGGAUUUGUCUUCGUAACGUUUCUUGACAAUCACUUCCCUACAGACUGUUCUGAACUAUUGGGACCUGGUUAUAAUCGUAGAAAGUUAAUCCUGGAUAGCCUUAUUGGAUUCUUUUUAUAUUUAAGAAAAUUUUAUUUGCAUUGCUGAAUAGGAAGAGUCAGUUAUUUCCUUCAUUACAUAGGACUUCCUUCCAGAGUUACCAUUAGAGCAUGUCAGCUCUGGUCCACAAAGGAUGGAUAAAAAUGGUUCUUCCUAUUUUUUUGCAAUGUAGUACAGUGAAUCUUACAUCUGUUAACAUGAAAGGCAAAGUCAAAGCCACCCUGGGCAGCAAGUAUACUGGUUCACUUUAUGAGGCAGUAGAGACUAAUACGUUUGGGACCAAAACCACCUAAAUUGGACAUUUCUCAGUCACAAAGGGGCCAGGUGUUCUCUGGAACAGUCACUGGUUGGUGCUUUAUUGUAAUCAUUUUGCAUUGAUACCCAACAAUUAGGAACUGGACCCUGGGGAUAAGCUGAGGGUGCUGGACUGUUGGGGGAGGGUGACUGUAGCCAUAUGGAAAAUAAAAUAAGGGUUUUUCUGCAAAUUUCCAUUUGAGGAUUUUUACAUUUAAUAUUUUUUUAAAACAGUUAAAAGAGCAAAAAAAAGUUUUAAGUGUAAUCUAGUUGCGAGGUAUGCACACAUAUGUUGAAUGGCUUUAUUUUUAUUGUGUAAAACUGUUGAACACACGACUGUGAUGCACAAAUUCUUUACAUGUAAGGAGUCUAUGCAUUUUACAGUAACAUUUCAUGAUUGGGUAAUGAAACAGUUGUACCUUGAAUUGCCAUUGUUGUAUUAAGUGCUUUCAUUGUCUUUACAGUUAUUACAAAGUUGUAUUUAUUUUAUACAGGUGGACUUUCAUUUUCCUGAUGCCAUAAUGUUUACUUCAGCUUGUUGACCUGUCUUUCUUUGUGUAUCUGCAUGUUGUAAUAUAUGAUAAGAAUGAAUGUAAAGGCUGUGGCAACUGUAAUUAAAUUUUGUAAAGGGCUGGUCACAUGUGGAUCUGGUUUAUGAAUGCAUUUGGGAUUAUUUUCAUAACCAGAUCACCUUUUCAGAAAUUUAGAUGUGAACACCAAAAGAAGCAUUUUCUCAACAAAAAUUAAUAGCUGGUUCUAUUUUUUUUAACCUAGAAAAAAUAAAGUUGAUUUUUUUCAAGUAAAGUGCUUUUAAUUCUUAGUAGUGGGGAUGGGGUGGUUGUAUUUUACUGGAGAUAUUUAGGCAUUAACAUCUGUGGACGUGUAUCAUGGCAGUUGGAUGCUGAGGGCAAACUGAAAAUCCCUGAAAAAACAUUGUACUUCCUCCUUUGGUUUUAAACUAUUUCCCCAACUCCUUCCCACUUUCCCCAUCCAGUGGUAUACUGGUAAAUGUUGAAUAGACUGCUCUCCUAGAAGAAAAAUUCUGUAUUCAAGUGUACAUAUGUUUGUUAAAAUUUUGCUGAUAGCAAGGACAUAUAAACACAGUUAACAAAUAAUAAUAAAAUAUACUUUAUUGUAAAUCCCAUGUAACCAGUUGAUUCUCCCAGGAUACUUUAAUUGAUUUUUGCUGAACUCUUGUAGCCAAUCUAUGAUCGCAAUUCAAAUUCAACCAUGAUUUAAAUAAUGGAAUUACAUCGUAAUCCACUUAUUCCUCAAAUUUAUUGGCAUUCAAUCUGAUACAUGAUCUGUUAAACUAUUUCUUGUACAAAUUAUACUCAUUAAAGUGAACCACUUUUAGCUUCAGCACUUAUUGUAAGCUUAUAUAAUUUAAUUUUAAUAACAACUGUUUAGCAACUGCUGGCAAAACUCUAAAAUUUAACAAUCAGCUGUAGGGAGCCAGUAGGGGCCGUCUCCAGCACACCACUGCCCUGUGCUUUUUUUUUAAUUUAACUGUUAGUGUUGAGUAAACUCACUGCUCUCAGGAAAUUCCUAUCACUGACCCUUUAAAGGGUGAGAAAGCAUUAAUGUCUGUCUUACAGAGCGUGCUUUUGAUUUGAAGAAUUUGACAACAGCAAAUCUUUCCUGAAGUGCAUGGGAAGCUUGCAUAUUUCUAAAUUUGGUUCUUUGCUUUCAUUUCUCAAAGCUAAGUAAACUGAUAACAGGCAUCUCUAAGAUUUUGUUUUGAGUACUGAAAACAUUUAUUGUUUAGGUAUUUUUUUUGGACAGUAUGUUUGAUCCCACUGAAAAUUUUAAAUGUAUUUAAAUGUCUUACACAAUCUACCAGAUAAGUUAAAGAGUUACAGUUCAGCCUACCUCUUCUUUUUCUAUCUGGAUUUAGGCUGCUGUUUUGGUGAGGCUGUAAUUUUUUCCCCAGUGUGGUUUCUGUGGAAGACAAAGAACAGACUGAGGGCAAAGGCCUGAAAGCAAAUUUGAAGCACUCUGAGAUCUGUUGCUGACCAGCCCUAUUCUUCAUGAGUUGGGAAAAAAAGAAAAGCCAUUGCUUUUAACUUCCACUUAAUAGGGAAAUGUUUGUUUUUAGAAAAUGUUUCUUCCUGCUGAAAAAAUGUAUUUUUUAAAGGAAAACAUUUCCUCUUUUGGCUAUAAGAAAAAGUCAGCCAUGUGAGCAGGUGUGACCAUAUCAUAACAUGCUGAUACAAUAUAAAUCAAUAAAUUUUUACCUCUCAGGA